AGAGACAAGAAUGAAUGAUACUUCAUAAAUUCAUUAAAAAUUUCUGAUAACAAAUUAAAUGUGUGAAUACAAUCCUUGAUACCUCUGAUAAAAUGAAAAAACAUUCAGUGAAGCUACUGAAAUGAAGAAAUUAACCCCGAGUAUAAAUGAGUGUGUGAAUAGGCUAAUGAUCAAUCAGCAUUUCCAGUUCGCGGAUCUAACGCUGCUGUUUUUCAACAUCAUUUCACGAUAUACAGAACUAUAAACAAUGUACACGAUAAAAUAAUAUAAACCUGAUAGAGAUACAGUCUUAAUAGAUAAACAACAAUAAUAAACUAUGGGCAACAGUUGUUGCUGUGAGUGGGGCGUGGGCCCUAGCAGCCGUUCACCCACGAGGGCACAAAGUUCCCUCUCUCGACACCAACCAAACGAUCGUCACCUUUUGGGGGGAAAGGGAACAGGUCAAAGAAUUUACAAUAAAUAUCAAGUGCCUUCAAGAAAACCUAUCCCGAAAUCCGUAAAGAAAACCGGUAGGGACAACCUAGGUUUCCAGAGCGAUGCCCAAGUUGGCAGAUACCCGAGACAUGGGGCCAAGGUACAUACCCAUACCCAACUGGGUAGGUUGGACUAUGCCCGCUCGAAUAAGGCUAAUAUUAAUAAUAAAAAAUCACCGGUUGGUAGUCCCCUAGUACCCAAUAGUAAUGGGUUCAAUAAAGUUAUUAAACCCGGUGAGGUUAAAGUACAAGUCAUUGGAAUCAAUACCAAAGAUUCGACUGACGUCAGACACGACCACAACAAAAGGAAGUACUCUGCUGCCACCACCGUCAGUCUGUCAGCCCUGAGUCCUGACUACGGCUCAACGGCUGUGCUGGUGAAGGUUGAGGUGCGUGGAGGCAGCUGGACGCUGCGCAAGACCGGCCGUGAUUUUGUCGAGUUGAUAGACCACCUUAAAGUUAAGAAUGAGAACGAUGGCAGUGCUGCUGGCGCCAGCUUACAGCUGUUGCUGGAGACUCAAGAUGAGUCCAUUCAACACUUGAGUAACGUGCUGCAUUUCGUGCUGACUCAGCAACACCUGCUUCAUGAUUCAGUGGUUCUGCAGUUCUUCGAUGUUGAUCGGCUGACUGUACAGUCGAAAAACAACGUCAGCGUUGCUGACGAAACGUCAGCCGACGCCUGCAGCACGACAUGCAGUAGUGAAUACAGUGUCAGCUACACGACAAGUGAAGGCAGCACCACUGAUGUCAGUGGUGUUGUACACACAAAUGAUGUCAAUCAGUCCCGCAACACCACAAACGUCACUGACAUCAGCAACGACAGCAGCACCAACACCUUGUGUGCACAAGUUUCUGGUUCAAGAAUGAAUAUCAACAUCAACCUAUCGUACGAACCAACCCUCGGGGAACUGGUUCUGGAGAGGGAACCUGCCGAAGGUUCAUACGAACCCAACCACGGGAAGAUGGUUCUUGAACCUCUCGAGAGAACCCCAAGCCCGAGGGCCUUGAGAACCGAUGCAGAAGGAGGGUUAACGGCCAAAUGCAAAGAUUCUUCGACCAAGAAAAUUGAAUCUGGCCACAAAAAUGGUGAAUUGUCAAGGACUCCAACCCGUGGUUCUUUCGUGAAGUUGAACUCUGACAGUUCUGUUGGGGUUGAGGAUCUAGUUGGGGUUCACAAACCCCUCACCCGUACCGACCCUUGGGCACCUAAUGCAACCAUCCCAACCAUCACAACCACACCAUCUCCUACACCACCAGUCCCUUCAACGUCUAUACCAACAGAUAAACCACAAUUCUUGCUUUCUCCUCAAUUCCUAUUAUUCCCUCCACUUCCUUCUUCCACUCUUCCACUUCCUACGAGAAGUUCAGGAAAACCUACGUACCAGUAG